GCGUCAUUGAAGUGUUUCUUUUAUUUGUGCCUGAUUAUUGCCACGACACAAGCGGUCGCAGAAGAAUCAUCAGUUGAAGUCAGUGUGAAACAACUGAAUGUAGCACUGGGAGGCACUGGUUCCGUCACCUGUACACCUGGGGGAUCUCCACUACCACAAGUUCAAUGGAAAAAGCAUGGUGGCCAGUUCGGAGCGGGAACCAAGCAAUCCGGAAACACGCUGAUAAUAUCUAAUGCCCAAAUAGGCGACCGAGGGUAUUACAUGUGCGGUGGUGUUGUAGACCGUAAGGUCGUCACACAACAGUAUGUUUUAGUUGAGGUGAAAGAUGUGCAACCACCUGCGAGACCAACACAACCGCAACAACCAGUCAGACCAACACAACGUCAACCAACGGUCAGACCAACACAACGUGAACCAACGGUCAGACCAACACAGCGUCAACCACCAGCCCGAGCACCGCAGCCACAGACUCACGCAGUCAACCCGAGAGUUAGAAUCAGUGUCAGGCAACUAAUAAUACCGAGGGGACAAAGUGGAACUGUUGACUGUAUUCCCGAGGGGUCCCCGCUGCCAAGGAUUCAGUGGAACAAGGAGGAAGGCGAUUUCAACAGCAGAGUGGGACCAAACGGCAACACGCUGGUAAUAUCUAAUGCUCAAGACGGCGAUGGAGGAAAUUACAUAUGCAACGGACUUGUGGAUGCAACUACCGUUUGGACUGAAUAUGUUCAAGUAGUGAUAGCACCAGGUAGCGAAGCAAUACCGUUACAGUAUCGUCCAGACCAGCUUCCUAACCCAUUUGACGUGUCUGUCGCCGAAGGACAAGAUAUUAUAAUAAGCUGUGACUUCAAAACUGGCGACGACCAACAGAUAGUCUCAUGGAGCAGACUCGACCAGCGUCCAUUGCCACAAAAUGUUCAACUCAACGGCAGAGAGCUGAUCUUCCAGAGAGCAACCACCGAAAACGCUGCCGAGUACCUCUGCAAAGUGACAGGCGGCGGUUUCUUGUUGCGUCAAUUAUAUCUCAGACUUGCCGUGCUGGCGUUGCCGCGCGUCGUUAUACGCCCAGAAAGACCCUCCGUGACGCGCGGGGAAGAGUUGACAUUGGAGUGCGUGGCGGAAGGAAACGCUCAGGUGUCUUGGGAACGUGAUGACGGGGCUUUCUCUAGUCGCGUGGAGAACCGAGGGGCAGAGCUGAUCUUCCGUAACAUAGAAAUAGAAGAUGAAGGAACUUACAGAUGCAUUGCUCGAAACAAAGCUGGGGAAACUGCUCAAACUACGCAAAUUGUCGUCAAUGAUUUACCACCGCCACAACAACAAAUACAACCACCAGAAGCCAGCCCUCGAGUGACCGUCAACGUGCGCCAACUGAAGAUAGCAAGAGGAGAAAGUAGGACUGUGGACUGUACGCCUGAGGGGUCCCCGCUACCGAGGGUUCAGUGGAGCAAGGGAGAAGGCGAGUUCAGCAAUGGCGUUAGACAAAACGGAACCAAGCUGACAAUAACCAACGCACAAGACGAUGACGCAGGGGACUACGUGUGCACCGGCAUCGUGCAAGCGACACCGGUGUGGACGGAUUACUUACAAGUUGUGAUAGAAGAUAUACCAGAAACUCCACCACAACCACAAAUACAACCAUCACAAGCCAGCCCUCGAGUAAGAGUCAACAUUCGCCAACUGACUAUACCAAGAGGAGAAAGUAGGACCGUGGACUGUAAUCCGGAGGGAUCCCCGCUACCGAGGGUCCAAUGGAGCAAGGGAGAAGGCGACUUCAGCAAUGGUGUCAAACAGGACGGAAACGCUCUAACAAUAAUUAACGCCCAAGACGGUGACGCAGGGGACUACGUGUGCACCGGCAUUGUGCAAGCCACACCGGUCUGGACGGAUUACCUACAAGUUGUUAUAGAAGAUGUGCCGCCACCACCACCACCACAACCACAAGUACAAGCGAGCCCUAGAGUAACAGUCAACGUGCGCCAACUGAAGAUACCAAGAGGAGAAAGCAGGACUGUAGACUGCAGUCCUGAGGGAUCUCCUUUACCGAGAGUUCAGUGGAGCAAGGAAGAAGGCGAGUUCAGCAAUGGCGUCAGACAGGACGGAAACGUUCUAAUAAUAAGUAACGCCCAAGACGGUGACGCAGGGAACUACGUGUGCACCGGCAUUGUGCAAGCCACACCGGUCUGGACGGAUUACCUGCAAGUUGUCAUAGAAGAUUCACCGCAACAACCACAAAGCAGCCCUAGAGUGUCAGUCAGUGAACCCCAAGUGAGAAUACCAAGAGGAGGAAGUAAGAAAGUCGAAUGCAUCCCUGAGGGAUCCCCGUUGCCUAGAGUACAGUGGUCCAAGGAAGAGGGAGAUUUCGGCAACGGAGUCGAAAUAGAGGGCAACGCGCUGAUAAUUUCGAAUGCACAAGACACAGAGUCGGGAAAUUAUGUGUGUUCCGCGCUUGUACAAGCAACGCCCGUUUACACUGCUUACCUUCAAAUUGUGGUAGAAGAUGUGGAACCCGUCACCGAACCAAGACCAUCAGACGAAAAUCCGCCAAAAGUCGCAGUCAGCGAGUCACAAGUGAAAAUAACAGUGGGAGAGAGUAAAACUAUCGACUGUAAUCCUGAGGGAUAUCCUUUACCAACCGUUCAGUGGACGAAGGAGGAAGGCCAAUUCACCAGUGGAACCAGACAGGAGGGCGAUGCGCUGGUAAUAUCAGAGGCUAAAGAAGAUGACACGGGGAAUUACAUAUGCAGUGCCGUCGUGGAUAGAACCACGGUGUAUAAUGAUUACCUUUCUGUUGAAGUUGAAGGUAACAAAAUAGAUAAAAGCAUAUGCAAGUUGGAGUUGGAGACUAGUUGGUGCUAUGGCGUGCGCUGGUACUACGAUAUUGGUGAACACAAAUGCGUUUCAUACGCAUGGGGUGGCUGUGGAGGUAAUGCCAAUAAAUUCGACAGCGAAGAGGCGUGCAGCCUGGCGUGCGAUGGCGUGUAGCGCAAGAGACGCGGCAAAGGCGACCAGAGGACCUACCGCGAACCACGUUCGACGUGUUACCUCCCUAUCACACUUACGUACGAAUUACAAGUGCGACAGAGAGGCAACACGUCGAACGUGGUUCGCGGUAGGCCUCCACACGCGACCAGGGCCGUAGCUAGGAGCAUUAUGAGACAAUGCCCUACCUUAAAAUCCCAUUGUACCAUCGACUUUGAUAAUAUAGGUGUUGCACCCUACCUGUAAUUGUCUUAUCUUAAAUUCAACUCCUGCCUACUACGGCCAUGGACGCAACACAAACAAUAUCGAACUUACGCGUUUAAAUUUUUACACCUCAGCAGCUCGAACAAGCCUACUUUCGUCACGAACGAGUGACGAAAGUGCGACUUUCCUCACUCCAGGGAGUGAGACAAGCUUUCGUCAUAAUGAUGAUGCCUUUCAUUCAUGAAUCUAAAUAAAUGUGGUUAACUCUA